CCAGGAUCAGGAGCUCCCCCCUGCUGAGGCCUGCAGGCCUCCCUCCACACCCCCAGCCCCAGCAGCCCCUCCACACCCCCAGCCCCAGCAGGCCCUCCACACCCCCAGCCCCAGCAGCCGCCCCAGCCCAGUGCAGCCCCCGCACGCAGCACCCCAGCCUGCAGUGGGAUGUCAGGCCUCGCUCUCUACGUGGCUGCAGUGGCAGUCAGCAUACUGCUCACCCUCGGAGCUCAAGCAGGUCAGAACCCGGACCACAUGCUCCACGGCACGGGGGCCAAACACGAGGGCCGGCGGCCCGGGGACGACUCGACGGUGGCCCCGGAGGACGCGGCGCGCUUCCUCAGCUGCCACUGCUCGGGCCACUGUCCCGAGGACGCCAAGAACAACACGUGCGAGACGAACGGCCAGUGUUUCGCCAUCAUAGAGGAGGACGAGUACGGCGAAGUCAUCCUGACCUCAGGCUGCAUGAAGUACGAGGGCUCGCACUUCCAGUGCAAGGAUUCACCCAGGGCCCAGACCAGGAGGACCAUCGAAUGCUGCCAAAAGGACUUCUGCAACCGCGACCUUCAGCCCACGCUGCCUCCCCCUAUAGAAACCAGUUCUUACUUUGGCAGUGCCCACUGGCUGGCCUUCUUCAUCUCCAUGACGGUGUGUUGCUGCACCCUCAUCUGCAUCACUGUGGUCUGUUACUACAGGUACAAGAGGCAGACGGAGAGGCAGCGGUACAGCCGCGACCUGGAGCAGGACGAGGCCAUCAUCCCGGUGGAGGAGUCCCUCAAAUACCUCAUCCACCAGUCCCAGAGCUCCGGCAGCGGCUCCGGGCUCCCCCUGCUGGUCCAGCGCACCAUCGCCAAGCAGAUCCAGAUGGUGCGUGAGAUUGGCAAGGGCCGCUACGGCGAGGUGUGGCUGGCCCGCUGGCGCGGGGAGAAGGUGGCGGUGAAAGUGUUCUUCACCAGGGAGGAGGCCAGCUGGUACAGAGAGACGGAGAUCUACCAGACGGUGCUCAUGAGACACGAGAACGUCCUGGGCUUCAUCGCCGCCGACAUCAAGGGCACGGGCGCCUUCACCCAGCUCUUCCUCAUCACCGACUACCACGAGAACGGCUCGCUGUACGACUACCUCAAGUUCACCAUGCUGGACGCGCAGGGCCUGCUGCGGCUGGCCUACUCGGCGGCGUGCGGCCUCUGCCACCUGCACACAGAGAUCUACGGCACGCAGGGCAAGCCGGCCAUCGCCCACCGCGACCUGAAGAGCAAGAACAUCCUGAUGAAGAAGAACGGCACGUGCUGCAUCGCCGACCUGGGCCUGGCCGUCAAGUUCAACAGCGACACCAAUGAGGUGGACGUGCCCCUGCCCCUGAGCAGCAGGGUGGGCACUCGCAGGUACAUGGCCCCGGAGGUGCUGGAUGAGAGCCUCAACAAGAACCACUUCCAGGCCUACAUCAUGGCCGACAUCUACAGCUACGGCCUCAUCAUCUGGGAGAUGGCCCGGCGCUGCAUCACAGGAGGCAUCGUGGAGGACUACCAGCUGCCCUACUACGAGAUGGUGCCCUGGGACCCGUCCUACGAAGACAUGCUGGAGGUGGUGUGCGUCAAAGGGCUCCGGCCCACCAUCUCCAACCGGUGGAACAGCGACGAGUGUCUCCGAGCCAUGCUGAAGCUGAUGUCAGAGUGCUGGGCCCACAACCCCGCCUCGCGCCUCACCAUUUUACGAGUCAAGAAAACCCUCGCCAAAAUGGUGGAAUCACAGGACAUCAAAAUUUGACCUCCCCCCCCAUAACCACCACCACCCAGACCCACACCACCUCCCCCACACGCCCCACCCCUUUCCACCCCUCCACUGUACCUAACACAGCAUGACUGAGCGGUUUGGAAGCAAAGUGUGAGACAGAACUACAAGUCCCAUGAUGCUGAACACGACCCCUCUGCUCUGGAGGGCAAGAGAAGCGGGGUGUGGACCCAUGAGAACCAGGACCCUGUCGCCGGGGCCUCGAGCCCCCUCUCCCUAGCCCACACACAUCUCCACACAACCACAGCGGGCAGAGGGAAACUGCCGUUGAGGAUGGGCUGUCCUCCUACCCAGACUCCACCAGGUCGACGCUUCCCUCUCAUUGGCCGGGAAAGGAAGAACCGGGUCUUAGGACGCAGGGUGCCGGGGGUUUUGCUGAUGCUUUCUGUGAAAGCCAAUCGUGUUUCGCGGCUCUCUGGCACACGCCUGUGAAAUGGUUGACGGACAGAAAGGAUUAGCCACUCAGAAGCGCCAGAGGCACGCUCUGCGCAGGCCUCGCCGCCACCACCCGCCAGUCACGUUUUCAUUUUGCUGUCAACCGUUGAAAUGCCAAUUUUGUUUUGUAUUUUUUAUCUUCAGGACACUUCUUCUCCUGCCAUAUCGAAAUAUAUCUUGCUACUCCUAAAGUAGAGAAAUUAUGGAAUAAGGUACUAUAAUAAUAUGUGAAUUUAAUAUGUAAAUACAAUUGUAUCGAUAGAUGCCGUGCCUAACCCUUAAAGAAAACAAAAAGAAUAUGCUGCAACGUUCUUCACGUCCAGUGGACUUCAAAAACACUACA